UUAUCUUUGGUUUUUUUUUUUCAUGAAAAAAAAUUGUAUUUUAAAACAAUAGUAUUGUCCAUAAGAAACAUAACUUUGUUUCUCAUUAUUCUGAACUAAUUUUUUUAUUUGUAGGAAUUAUAAUAAUACAAAGGUUCAUAAUUAAAGCAAUUAGUAAACUGUCCCAAUCCCUCUCAUUAUUGAAUUUUUUACCAAUAUAAUAUUUUUUUUUAAAAUUACAAGAUUAACAACUGUGCAGGUUUAUUUACUACACUAGAAUCAUUUAUUGUACAUGCUCAGAAUUCGGUUCCUGGGAAACCGAAUUCUGAGCUUCAAAGUGUUAUUUUUUUUUUUUUGUUUUGUCUACUCAGAAUUCGGUUCUCGGGGAACCGAAUUCUGAGUUGUUUUAAUUUUUUUUUUUUUUCGUGUUUGUGGGGGAAUUUUGGGCAGAUGUAGGAAGUGGAACGGCCCGUUCAAAAAGCAGAACGGGCCGUUCUGUUUAAAGCCACAGAGUCAUUUUGUUAAAAUUAAAACGGGCCAAGAAAGGGCCUUUCCAGAAUUAAGAAUUAACGGAAAAAUAGACCCAUGAAACGACCCGUUUUAAAUAAUUUUUGUAGUUAUUUUUUUUAACCUGGAACGGGCCGUUCUUCUUUUAGAACGACCCGUUCCAAAAUAGAAAUUUACACAUGUUUUUGAAUGUGGAACGGCCUUGGAACGGCCCGUUCCAGGAGCUGUUUUAACGAAAGAGAACGUAGUUUGGAACAGGCCGUUCUGGUUUUGGAACGGCCCGUUUUGGGCAAAUAGUAAAUACACAUGUUUUCCUAUAAAUAGGCCCUCUCCCCUUCAUUUUUUUCAUACGAUUUCAGUUAAGUUUCUCUCCUUUAUUCCUUCCCUGUACUGCUUCUGAUUCACCUUCAUAGUAAGAAAUUAUUUUUUUGGUUCAAUUUUCAUUAACCAAAUAUAAAAAAUGUUGUUGUGGAAGCAAAAUGAGCAUAGGUUUGCCUUCAUUGGUAGAACGGUAAGUUUAGCACUUUCGUUAUUUACUUUAAAUUUUAAUGAACUUGUAAUAAAUUAGUACUAAUUUUGGUAAUUAUUGCAAGAGACUGAGAAUAUUAUUUGUUCUUACUGUCAUUCAAUGUCAGAACCUCACCCUCUAAUUGUUCCUAUACUAGAGGAAGUUGGUUUUUCUGGGGUUGCAAACCUCAGACAUCUGAAAGUGGAUCACGCAUUAAUCACAGCUUUGGUUGAAAGAUGGAGACCUGAGACUCAUACAUUCCAUUUUCCAACCGGAGAGUGCACCAUAACACUAGAGGAUGUUGCACUUCAACUUGGCCUAAGAGUUGAUGGUUUACCAGUCAUUGGCCCAACAUUAUAUGACUGGGAGGAAAUGUGCUCCACCUAUCUCGGAAUCAUGCCAGUUAAAGUCUUGGGCAUGGCAUUGCAUGCCAUAUAUUGCGCCUAUUUCCAGGAUACCACUAACAUUCCCUCUAGUCUGUAAAUGGAGUGGGGGCAGAGUUUUAAACUUUCAAAAUGUACCUCAUAAUGAUGUUGUUGGAUAUAGAUCAAGGUUUGAUCACAUCCAGAAUGAUCAGUUUUUAUGGGCGCCAUAUGCAGUAUUGCAAACAACAAUACUGAUGCAAGCAUAUAGAGAUGCUCUGCUAUGGACAUCUUGCACCUCCAUUAUUUGUUUUGCAAUUGUUGAAUGGCACCAAUCUGAUAGAGUGAAAUUGCAAUUUCGUCUCUUCCAGGAUGUCCCUUCUCGAUCGAAUAAUUUGGAUAACCUGCACAACAUUGACAUGAGGGGAAGAUAAGAUAAAAAUUGGGUUACAAGACAUGCUCAAUGGAUCGACAUAUGGAACAAUAGAUGUGAGCACACAUUGAUGGGUCAUCCAAUGCAAGGCCCACUGUUUCACACACGAGAAUACAUGGAAUGGUACAUGGCCAAUUCCAUCUAUUUUUUAUCUGUGCCACGACUACUACAAGAUCCAAGGACCCAUCAACAACGAAGGACUUCCACAACAUUGAGACUGGUGGAACUUCCAUGCGAUCGCAUGAAGAGACUGGUCAGCAUGUAUCAAAUCCUCAGUACGUCACUCCUGAACAAAACAUAAUUGACAGACGACAUUCAUUUGCAACAACUUCAGAGGAUUUUUUUACAAAUUUAUUUGGAGUAGAUUUUAGAACUCCAUCUUCAGCAUAAUCAUACAUGCAAUCUUUUUACCGUCCACAAUUCGGUAAUGAACCUGGAAGUUCUUCAGCACCAUUUCAACAUCCGGUGGUUGAUGAUGAACCAAAUCCUUCUGAGCAACAACCUCCACGGCGUAAUCCAGGCCGUAAUAGACGUCGCCCUCGUUGUGGAACUGGACACCAUUACGGAGAUUGAAAAAUGUAUAUAAAUCACUCUAUGUUAAUGUUA